AUAAUGUGUUAAGGGGGACUUCACGAGAAUAUUACUGACCCCACAACUAACCUGUCAGGACGACCUGUGGUUUUCUUGGUGAAGUUUACUGCGUUGUACCAAAAUGCUAUCCUGCAUGUUAGCAUCCUGACGCUGUGGGUGCGUUCCAGCUGAGAGAUGACAUAAUUAGAGCCUAAAUGUGAUGACGAGGAAGCCGGCAGCUCAUUUGGAAUAACGCGGGCAAGGAUAGUGGCAUCAGGUUGCGUGUCAGUGAAACACAGCACACAAGUGCUUCUACACAAAAAGAUGGUGUUGUUUUACUGGUGUGCUCGCACUUCCGACGCUGCUCUCAACCACUGGCCGUGACGUCACAGUCUGGAGUAGGUGGUGAAGCGCUUAUAAUUAAAAAGAAAGUCGUGACAAAAAGUAACUCCGGCCAUGGUCUUGGAUUCUGGACAGACCGGUCUGCAGUCCACGUGGCGGACGCAUAAGGAAGAACGGUCCAGCUGCAGCAGUUAAUUGAAAGUGGCGCGACCAUAAACAUGGGGGCCGUCGAUUCCAUCACAUCCUUACACAAACAGGGCCACACCCAGUGCGUCAGAUUGCUGCUGAGCGCCAGUGCACAGCUAAAAAAGACAUGCCGACGUUUGAUAACGUGUACCGAGUGGAUUCUGUGCUCGGCAGUGGGGGGUUCGGUACCGUCUACUCGGGGGUCCGCAUGGCCGACAGCCUGCCGGUGGCAGUGAAACAUGUGUGCAGAGACAGAGUGACAGAGUGGGGCUCUUUAUGUGACGUUGCUGUCCCCCUGGAGAUCAUCUUGUUGAAGAAGGUCGGCGAGGCCUUUGGCGGGGUGGCUCGUCUCCUGGACUGGUGGGAGCGCCCGGACGGCUGGCUCAUAGUGAUGGAGCGCCCCGAGUUGGGCCAGGACCUUUUUGACUACAUCACAGAGCGCGGCGCUCUGGACGAAGUGGCGGCGCGUGGCUUUUUCCGCCAGGUGCUGGAGGCGGUACGCCACUGCUACACGUGCGGUGUGGUCCACCGCGACAUCAAGGACGAGAACCUUCUGGUGGACUUGCGGACUGGACAGAUCAAACUCAUCGACUUUGGCUCGGGGGCUCUGCUCAAAGACGGAAUUUACACUGACUUCGAUGGUACAAGAGUGUACAGUCCACCAGAGUGGAUCCAGCUCCGACGAUACCAUGGCCGCUCGGCUACCGUGUGGUCGCUGGGCGUGCUGCUAUAUGACAUGGUGUGCGGGGACAUCCCAUUCCAGCAGGACGAGGAGAUCCUGAGAGCACAGCUCUGUUUCAAUCGCAGUGUCUCUGCAGAAUGUCGGCAGCUGAUUGGCUGGUGUCUCAGCCUGGAGCCCCAUGACCGUCCAACCCUGGAGCAGAUCUUCCUCCAUCCAUGGGUGACGAUUUGCAGCGGUGAUGAGGAGGAGAGCGCCACACUUCACGCCAUCACAGCAGACCCCUCCCCGUCAUCUCAGGAAUGCAUCUGAUAUGUUGAUGUCAAACAGCUGGGGAGCAUCAGGUGGAUUUUCUCAGGUUCUGCUCAUCCACCUCUGCCUGCUUUUCCAUUUCAUCUCUCUGGAGGUGUGUGGAAUGUUCCUUCAGAGACAAACUUCCGACCCAAAUAAGCUUUGAGCGAACACUGAACAUUUUUUGUCACAAAACAAAUCAAUCAUAUCUGUGAUGACAUACUGUAGUCUUCUUUAUCCAUUUAGCUUUUUCUGUUGACCAGAGCCGUCCAAAAAUGUUGAAGCUGACAAAUGCUGUAGUGAUUGUCAUUCACUUUAUUUCACUACAGUCUUUUUGUAGCUUUUUUUUGUCGUCUGUUCCUCACGCACAGCCAAUGCAAUGAUACAGUUUUGUAAUGAGUAUAUAUUCUAUUUGCUUUUUAUGUGUGCGUACUUUGUACAAUUGGUUUUUUUUUAAUUUUAUUUAUAGAGAGAACAUUCCUCACUAUUUAUAUUGCUUUCACUUUUCUGAAAGACUGGUUUUGAUAAUUUUUUGUUUUAGCCUUGCUGAGCUGCAUGGUUUUUUGUUUGUUAGGUCUGAUUUUUG